CCUCGUCACGUACGGGAUCAUUAGCCGGAUAUCCUUAGUCCUGCUGGCCAACCCUCUCUGAUAGCGGUGAUCCUCGUGCCUGACAUCAUUAUCCUGGGACGCUGUGCAGCGCCAGCGCGGUUCCGCCAUCCUUUCAGCCCACCGUCCUAGUAGUCGUUCCAGUUCGAUUCCUCGUGUUUUGCACCUGUGAAAGCUCGCCGAGUGUCGACUCGUUUCCGUGAUGUCAGUGAGCGAGCUGUGGUUCGGUGGAACAGCUUCAUCGCGACCCCCCCAGUGACUGCUUGUAAUCGUGUCACGUCGGACGAGGGAUUCAACGUUGACUCUGAUGAUGGUGCACUACUCGCGCAGUGAUUUAUUCAACGAAACAGUGAACCUUGUCUUCUGAAUUCGUGUUUGGACGCGAUAGACAUUGAAUUUUCCUGAAGUGAGAAACUGUUUCACGUAGAAUCGCGCUGGACCGCUAUGGAACCGAGCGAUCCGUCGGGACGACUGGCCAUGGAGGAGCUGUCGGACUGCAGGAGCGAGAGUAGCCACUCGGAAACUCAAUUAAGAGCCUUUCAAGACUACGAACGUAUCAAAGAGUUGAAUCUAUCCGUGGAUAAAUGCAAAGAGGAUCCUCAGCUGGAACCGAAGGAUUUCCAUCUUCGAUUAGAACCUGGCAGGACUUCCAUCCGUUUCGAAGAGUUCGAGAAUGCCAACAGGAACCUACCUAUGACACUGAACAAGGGAAAGGACUUCGGCUACAUCGCCAGCACCUUGAACGAAGCGUAUCCCUUGGAUAGAUCAAACGAAAACGACGAAUCGAUGGAAGCUGCCAGUCUGUGCAGAACGAAGAACCCGACGGCCAAGGAUCUUUUGUUCAACCUUCGAGAGAACAGACACAAAAACGCUCAUGCUGCUCUGUCGUUGGACAGGUACGGCAAGGACUUGAAUUUCGCGGUUUCCGAGAAGGAUAUCAAGGAUUUUAGUUUGCUGAAGAAUUAUAGUCUUGAUCGGAUGAAGGAGUUCAAUCUAUCUUUGGACAGGAUGAGAGACGGUCAUAUCGGUAAUUUUGCGUUGGAAAGACUUCGCGGAGGAGCUGGGUUGUUGGAGAACCCUCCGAUUUUGGAGCACAACGAGCUGAAGAAUAUUCAGAUGCAGCCUAGGAAUCAGGAUUUAGAGGCUAUCGCUCUGGAACGGAUGAGACGGUCGCAUCUUCUGGGUACCGAUCUCUCCGCACAGAAUCUGUCCACGCAAUUGUCGCAUCCGCAUUCCAUCACGCAGAUGCAACACUCGCAACAACAGCAACAACAACAGGCCAAGUCGUUCACCAUAGACGCGAUCCUUGGAUUGAGGAACAACCCCAGGGAGAAACGGAGUCAGCAACAGCAGUAUAGGAAACACCAAGGUCAAGAAGGCGGCGCGAAGAACGGAGGUUCGAGCUCGUGUUCCAGCGGCGGCGGGAAGCUGAAGAGGGUGCGUACCAUCUUCACAGCCGAGCAGUUGGAGCGAUUAGAAGGGGAGUUUGCUCGUCAACAGUACAUGGUGGGCCCUGAAAGACUGUACCUGGCACACGCGCUCAGGUUGACCGAGGCCCAGGUGAAGGUCUGGUUCCAGAACCGACGAAUCAAGUGGCGGAAACAUCACCACGAGCAACAGAGCCAAAGAGUGCACGAGUUCCAGCGUACGUUGAACUCGUCGUUAGAACACGAGGACAGCAACGAGACCGACAAAUGGUGAAAAGCAACCGUGUUCCUCGAUCAAGAAG